CAGUCCUCAGUCCACAGCCUGCCUGCCUUCAGAGAGAGAGCCAAAGCAGGAAGAAAGAAAGAGAGGACAUAAGGAGAGAGGAAAAUAGAGUGAUUGUGAGAGAGAGAAGCAGGGAAAGCAUCCAGCCAUCUGUCUGUCUCCAGUCUGAAAGCCACAGCCGCCCUCUUUGUUUGGCGUCCCUGAUAUGACCCUGUUUAAAAGUGAGCACCACCGCAGCCCACGAUACAUUAGCAUGAGUGGAGAGCUGAAGUCCAGCCGUUCCAGGACCAGCAGCAAGAGACCCAGCAGCAAUCCAUACGGAUCUGACUAUGACCUGGACUAUGAGUGCUAUCAGGAGGACCUUUAUGACAGGAUGUAUGACUACCAGCGCGUGCCAGCUUCCCUACCUCCCCUGUCCCAGGGACCUAGCCUGGCCAAACGACCCCGUUCCUCCUCCACUUCCUCUGGGCACAGACGCAGCCGAGACAGGCCCCCCUCCAAGAGCUCCAGAGCCCACUCCACCAGCUCCAACAGGGCCAAGUUGCGGAUGGAGGAGCUGCAGGUCAUUAAGAGGGAGCUGACCCUGAUAAAGACACAGAUUGACGGGCUGCUCGACAACCUGGACAGGAUGGACACACAGAGGCGGGACCACACAGGGUCUCCCGUGAGGGAGGGCAGUUUGGCCGGGUCACCGUACCCCCCCUCCGCCAGCAGCGGUGACCGCUCCCCCUCCCCCCUAUCCCCCCCACGCCACUGCAUCCAGAGAGAGAGCCCCGAACUGGGGGAGGCCAGCGACGAUGAUCACACGAUGAAUAACCACAGCUCUGACCCUGAGGAUGAGAUGUGAGGAUGGAAACAGAGAAGAAACGGAGGAGCGCCAGACAUAGAGGAAGAGAACAUCUGUCUUGUCAAGAAGUUACCAUGCCAACAACUGAUUCAGAGGCCCCACUCCUGUCGAACCAACCAGUUACAUUGUAUUCUAUAUCCACAUAUACAUCAACAGCACACAUACACAGACACACUGUAAUUACAGUUGAACAGAAAUCAAGUAUCUCCCUUGGAUAUUCACCACUGAGAUCAGCUUAGAUUACACACACAUUUUAUCUGUAGAGUGUAAUUCUUAACCAGAACAGGAAAGUGAAAUAAUUUCUAUAUUCAUAAUUUUCUUAUGUUCUUUUUAGUCCGUCUUCAUAUUUUCCUGAAAAACAUUCUGAUUACCAGUUCGUAUAAAUUUGACAUGCAUAUUCAGAGAGUGAGGCUAUUUGAAAUGAGCAUACUAUAGAUGUCGCAAUCAUAGUUUCAGUGACUUGAGUUACUUUGUUUUAUGUAUAUCAUAUCACUGCCAGAGCAUGAGUCCAUCAGUUGAUCCCCCCCCCUUAUGUCUGUGUAAUGUUGUCUCCCUGCUGUAUUACUACCUGUCUGUAUUAGGUAUGAGGAGACAGUAUUCCAUCUCUUCCUCUAUGUACCUGGCGCUAUGAGCUGAGGAGAGGCCCCGGCCCGGUCCAUGCGUAAUAUUGUGUAUUACUGUAAAACUUUACUGUAUUAGGUCAGCUGUACGAUUUUAAUCCAGCAUUUUAUUUUAGUUUUUUUUAUUUCUUUGUGUUUUUUAAAGCGAGAAGUAAACAACAAUGAUAAUUGUUUAUUAUAAUUCCAGUGGUGUUAGAUGUUUUGUUAGUUCUGUUUGCAUUCAUGAAGAAGCCAAGUGGAAACACUACUCACACUGUCACAGUAGUAAAGGUAUUUUCAUAUUGAUUAAAAACACCUCUGGGAGGAGUGUUUUUUUAGUG